AUGGAAGAACAGCUGAACAUUACCGUGCUUCAAGAAAAGCGACCCGUGACAUACAAGUCGCUGGCGCGCCAACACGCAAUUCACGUUAAUACCGCUAAACAAGCAUUAUGGGAUUAUGCACAAAACACGCCCAAUGUGCAUGCAAUUUACUGCAUCGCAGGCAGACUCGUAGUGGACAGCAACGCAACUCGGGACACGAUUCGACUUGUCAAAGACCUCGAUCUCGAAGAAACCAAGAAACAAUUCCGUCAAGUCACCGGUAUUCAUGUUUACAGUGUCGUACCUUAUGAUCCAAAGCUGUGGUGUCCUCAAAUGUACCCAAGCGUUAUCGGGCAAACCCACGACACAGAAACGUACACAGCCCGAUACUGCACAUACACAACAAGCGACUUUAUCCAAACCAUCCAAGCCAGCUGCUUCAACCCCUGCACCAGCACCAGCAGCUGCGAUACCAACAAAGAAACCAACUACUAUCCCGAGCAAAGUUCAGCUCGUUCUUCUUCAUCACCUACACCUACACCACCACCACAGCCAGCAGCAGCAGCAGUGAAAACACCAGAAAAACAAAAAACGCCUGAACCUAAGAAACCCAGUUUGACAGCAGAGGAUAUAUUUUCGGAGGAUGAAGAUAUGGCUGAAUCCAAUCCAAUGCAGGAUGAGCCUAUUUUUGAUCCUAUGGAAACGGAUGAACCUGCAGCUGUAGAAGAAGAAGAACGACGACAGACUGAAGAAAAGGAGCCUGAAGCAGAAGUUGAACAAGAGGAGCAGGUGCAAGAACGAGUACCCAAACAGUCCACUGCAGGCCGAAAAAGACGACGAAAGGUGACAAAGAAGAAGCAUUAUACAAACGAGCGUGGCUUCUUGGUUACUGAAGACGUCGAAGAGUAUGAAACAGUGGAUGAGGAUGAAGGAGAAGAAGAGUCGCCAGCACCAUCAUCAUCAACGACACAACGAUCAACUACAACGAAAAGCCAGAGUAAGCCUUCGUCUGCACCGGCACCCGCAGCAAAGAAGUCGGGAGCCAAAAAGACACAAGGCGAACAAAGAAACUUGUUAAGCUUUUGGGGAAAGAAGUAA